UUUUGUACAUGUGGCCAACCAGAAUUGAACACAUGCAAACCCUUUGCCGUAAGAACGCGCACGCAUACUACCGCCGUACCGGUACGGAAAAGCUCUGGCACUUCAGCAGUGUCGGAUCUUGCUCGAAAAAUGACGUCGAAAAGACUAUUUCCCAGACACUUCCGCACCUGUCACAUCAGCAAGAUGUUCACGACGCACUUAGCCGUCCUCAUGGCUUGCUUUGUGUGUUGCAUCUCCCUGCACCAAAUCGCGGCCGGCGAAGUGGUCUACGCGGUCAACUGCGGCGGCCCAGCUCACCGCGACGUGCACGGCGUGGAAUACGACGCCGACCCGCUUGAGAUCGGAGUCGCCUCGGACUUUGGCAAGAACCUGGCCGUGAUCAACCGGGUCCCUCCUCAGGACGCUAUCCUGUACCAAACGGAGCGAUAUGACUUCAACACCUUCGGCUACACCACAACUAUUGAAGAGGAUGGCGAUUAUGUAUUGGUGCUCAAAUUCUGUGAAGUGUGGUUUGCAGCCUCUCGACAGAAGGUUUUUGAUGUUGUCUUGAACGACCUACACACAGUUGUAUCUGGCCUGGAUAUUUAUGACACUGCAGGUAGAGGUACAGCACAUGAUGAGAUCAUUCCAUUCACAAUUACCAAGGGCAAACUUAAGGUGCAGAAAGAAGCCUCCACGUUCCAUGGAGACCUCCACAUAGAGUUUGUCAAGGGCGACUAUGAUAAUCCAAAAGUCAACGCAAUUGUAAUUUACAAAGGACCAUUGGAUGAUGUGCCUAAGCUACCACCUUUGCCAGGCGCUGACCUUGAUGAGGACGAAUCAGAUGACAGCGACGAUGAUGAAACCGAAGAGGUCAAACCGAAGCGGCACAUCACAUCGGGGCCCAAGACCCCCGACCCUUACGCCGCUGAUGAAAGCAGCUUUCUAUAUCCAAUUCUCAUAGCCCUAGCAAUUUUUAUCCCCACACUAUUUUGCCUCUGUAGACUUUAACAUUUUUUUUUCUUUUCCUUUAAUAGUUGUUGGAGUUGUCUUGUCUUGUGUUUUUUUUUUUUUAUGAUGGUUUAACAUGUUUUGUCCUUUCAGAAUUUUUCAACCAGGAUGUAUAUAUUUAUGCAAUGCCAUCAAGAUGUCCACGUUUGUAAGAUAACCUUCUGAAAUCCAGUGCAGAAUUUUUAUCUGAUAUAGUUGUACUAGUGGGAUAAUACUUACCCCUUAAUAGUACUUGUUUCUCAUUUGUUUGUCAUAAAAAUAAGAAUCUUUGUCAUUGGCUGCCAUUGAUUUAAUAGGAAAUCUUUGAAGCCUUGAAUAGUUUUGGAAACCUCACCAAUGGUCAGUGUAUAAAAUAGGAAUUUUGGUUUCAUUGACUGAAAAUUUUGAACAGUUUCAUGAAGUAAAACAGCAGGCAGUUACAUGCAGGGUGAAAAUUUGUAGUCUCCAAACAAAGAUUACAAGUGUUCACAAUCCACGCUGUGCACCAAGUGAUUUCAUUAACGUUGGUACAUUGUUGAUGGUCACUGAUGUGUUAGAUUACUUGUCUAACAUUCUUAAACGCUGGUUUGAUUCGUGUUCUCAAUUUUUACACCACCUUCUCCAAGAGGUGCAGAAUUCUGCAAGAAAAUGUGCCACGUUGUUAUUCACUUGAUCAGCGUGCUUUGCUCAGUUGUUUCUGUUGAAGGAAAUGAAACCAAAAAUAAGCUAUUUUUAGACCACAAAGGAAAAUGAAUGUUUAAAGUCUUUAAUCUUAAACGUGGUCAGGUUGUGUUUAUGCAGAAUGCUCUCUGUACUCAUGUGAAAUUUCCUUUUCAAAUGAUUCAAACUAUGCUUCAUUUGGAAAUUUUCUUCAGUUGGUGUCAUAAUUUGUUAUUGCCCCUAUUGGCAUAUACACAGACACAGACAGGUGUUGGGGACAAUAUGUUACCUGCUGAAUUGAUUCAUGUUUUGUCUGUUGCAGAAUUUUUAAGUUAUUGUGUUAAUCCUGAGCCAAACAGUUGCAAGUGUUGCAACUACGUUCUGAAACUUCGUUGCAUUUUGUUGCCGUCAGCGGCAUUCCAAUUUCAGUUGUGUUGGAUUCUGCUGCAUUCAGCUGGCUGCUGCUCGGGAAGAACCCGCUUGAGGUUAGGCAUAAUGUACAUGUAUAACGUCAUGUAUUUUUGAACAUCGUGCAACAGGGUAGCGAAAAGAAUGUCUAAGAAUUUUGCUUGAAGACGUGUAACUGCCCACACAAACUAUCAAACAGUGGAGCCCUUCAGAGUACGGGAUCAUGUCAGCGGCAUCAGGAAUGUGACAGAAAUGCCAACUGACAGACUGCCACAUACCUUGGCUGUUGAUGGAAAAAAGGGAUGCAGAUUUUAAUUGUGUUAAUUGAAAGGAAUAGUGUUGAAAGGUCAGUGCUGCAAAGGGUUCAAGUUAACUCCGCGUGACAUGGUAGUGGGAAAAGUCAAAGGGAAAUUUGUAAUCAGAGCUGCUUUAAACCAUAAAGAUAAUCCUUGCUGGAUGAGUAAUUUGUAUGUAAUUCUUGCUGGAGAAAUAGUUUGUACGUGUACAAACAAUGAAAUGAGCAUGCGCAAAGAGGAAGAGCCUCGCUUUGGGGUAUCUUAGCAACAGAAAUAUGCACUCAUGGAAGGAGAGUGUUGGAACAGCUCCAGAUUAGAAUCCCUUAUGUUUCCAAACUGCACGUGCGUAGAAUUCAACUUAUUCAACUUGUUGUGCCACAGUGAUCCAUUAUCUGUCAUGUCACUUCAAUGCAUUGCAGUUUAGGGUGGUUUUCACUUGCAGAUCGGAGGAGGGGGGUUGCCUUCCCCCUACCCCGCAAAAGGAGCAAACGAAUAAAAUGUAAUUGAAAAAAAUUAUUUGGGGCCUUUUUCAAGCCCGCUUCUUCCAAAAUGUAAAAUAUCCCACAGUUCAGUCUCACCCCUCUGAAAGAUCCUAAACAGUUACAGAAAUUGGUUGUGGAUCUGCUCGUGGCUGUUUUCCCUCCCCCCCACACACACCAACCCACUAUUGUGGAAACACAAUGGUGUCACCCUAAACAUACAUAACUUUAAGUUACUAGUCGGUCUACAUGUUCUGGUAUACGUGUGUAUCAUUGCCUGUGCUAUAAUUAUGGCGCCCUCUUGUGAGAUUCAAUUAAAUUCUUUGGUCUUUGUUCAGUUGUUACAGGGUUUUUUCUUCUUUGUGGUAAAUGACAGCCACUUCUUAAAAUUCAAGCAGCUAGCUAACAGUGCCAUUCCAAAUGGCAUCACAUGUUUUAUCAAGCUGUUUAAAUAAAAACCUUAAUUGCGCUUAGUACAUUGUUAAAGAUUGUUGCCAGUGGAGGAAAUACUGCAGUGUCCUCAAUUAGUUGCUUUUUAUGUUCAAAAGUAGUGAGUGCAUAUUUGUGUAGGAGGUAUUUUGAUUCCAAUUUUAGAUUAUCCUGAGAAGUGACAUAACUGAGAAAAAAAAUGCUAAAUUUGCAAGUUAAGUAUUAAAAAUGCUUCAAAACACCGCAAAAUUUUAGGUGUUGGUCUUAUAAUGUAUUCCUACCCAUGAACUAUUUUCACCAUUUUAAAUUUGAUGGUCUACCAAUCAAAUUAUUUACAGAUACACAUGCAUGUGCGUUGUUACAUGUCCAAGUGUUUAGGAGGUUUGUAAGCCAGAUCAGAUUUAUAUUUGGAAAGACAGGACGCACGACACUUUCUCAGUCAUGAAAAAAGUUCAUCGUUUCACUGAAUGUCAUCUCUCUUUUGAGUUUAGUAGCAGUGGAGCAACUGCUAGAGGGGGUUUUAUAUCCCCCCCUCCAAGGUUUUUUUUCUGUCCGAAAAACAAAAAUGCAGAAUGCAUCUAUAAAGGUAGCAUCAGAUGUUGCUUCGUGGUAGAUCCCUGUCCAACCCUUUUUCCACAAGAAGUCCUGGCUGUGCAACAGGGGUCGUAUUUCAAAAAAGAACCAUUCCAAAAAAAGAAGACGAAAUCAUUACUCUUUACUUGGAAGCUUUUUUAUUGUUGGGACAUUCAGUUGGAUGGUGUGUUUGCAUUAAAACAGUUGAAAAGAGGUAAUAAUUGCCUUUGUGGAAAUCAGAUUUAAACAAAUGAAUUUAGAAAGUACUAAAUUUGGGAGGAAAAUAUUUUACCCCAUUUUUUCUAAUUGUACAGCAUUAAUUUUAUUCUUUCAUUGCUGUUACGUACGUGAUCUCUGGUAUCAUGUUACAGUACUUGUUAUAACGAAGUUCUGUUUUGAUUGUAUAUUUUGACAAAGAGAAAUGUGAAAUUCUAAUUUUACAUUCAUCCCGUCGCAAAGUGGAAACUUCACUUGGUUUGUUGAUGGUAGUAUUUUUGUGCAUUAGCUCUCCCGUUUAAUGGAAACGAAAUAACAUGCGAAAGAGCUGGACACUCAAGGCAGUGCCAAUUUAUUUGGAAAUAAAGUCUGAACGACCUAUGA